GACGCGGACCCGUACAAGCUCCUGGAUCUCAGCCGCGGCGCCGGCGACGCGGACAUCAAGCGCGCGCACAGGAAGCUGUCGCUGAAGUACCACCCUGAUAAGCAAUCGGGGAAGACCCCGGAGGACGUGGAGAAGGCGCAGCAGCGGUUCAUGGCCAUCCAACGAGCGUACGAGACGCUGUCGGACCCGGAGCGAAGGCGCAACUACGACUCCACGGGGUACGCG